AUGACCUCCAGCAAUGUCCGGACGAGCUCCGCCCACUCCACCGCCUCCACGCUGCGUCCGCGAACCAAUCGUCUGAUUUCGGGACUGAGCGACGUUGAUGACACCUUAUCUCCUUCUGCAUACAACCUGGGAUCUUCCAACUCCUCACAGAAUGCUGCGCGUUCACCGUCGCCUUAUAGAAGUCGGCCUGUCUCUCCCAUUCCACCCGCGCAUCCGCAGAGAACAGGCAGUCAGCGCAACAAUGGUUAUUUGAGCGCACCCCCGGUCAGAAAUGCCGCGGGCAGACAAAGGAAGACGGGAGCGGAUUCGACCUCUUCGCUUGCAGGAUUGUGGGGGAACUCGUGGACGGCCUUGCAAGGAAUCGCAUCUGAUUUGUUGGGAAGUAAUCUUGCUGCAGCUGACUCCAACAACAAACCGCGAGCGAGGACGUCAGCGAGCAAGCCUCACAACUCGCGCUCUGCUUCAGCUGGAAUCACGCCGAGUCAAUGGGGUCCCUCCGCUCCGACAUCUCCCCCUCGAGCCAAGGAUAUCGGGACAGGUACCCGAGAAGAGCAGACUGCUGCUUUUCGCGCGCAAAAGAGGAAGGACAUGCUCACACGGCAGGAGAGCAGCUAUGCCGAUACACUGGGGAAGUUUAAGAGGCGACUUUCAGACGAUCGCAAUUCUGUCUCAGCGCCGCCGGGAGGAGAGGAGGAUCGGGAUGCGUUGGUGUAUAUCCAUCAUGUCAAGAAGGAUGACACUCUGGCAGGCAUUACAAUCAGAUACAACAUUGCUGCUAACAGCCUGCGCAAAGCCAACAGGAUGUGGCCGAAUGAUGCCGUACAGGCACGGCAGACGUUGAUACUCCCUGUGGAUGCAUGUGGUGUAAAAGGCAAACUUGCCUCGGAGGCAGACUGGCCUGGUUCAGAGAGUGAUGCCCUGUCGAGCUUGCAGGCCGAAGAGGUUCCAACUCCCACCGCAGACACGUUUGUGAAUCUUCCGGUGAGCUCCAAACAUGGAAGGACACGGACCAAUUCCACUUCCACUUAUACCACUUCUUCGGCUGCAGCUUCAAGUGCAGACAUGGAACCGCCUUGGCAGCACGACUCCUGGGUGAUCCUCCCUGGCAACUCUCAGCCCACACAAAUCGCAAGGCUUCCCCGGAGAGCCCUGGGGUAUUUUCCACCGGCACGUCGGAAAAGCAACAACUGGUCUGAUCUCGACACACCGUCAUCCUCACUUGAUCUGGCACGUACAGGUACGCAUGACAAUAGCAAUCCUACAAGUUCUCCACAACGACCUCGCCACACCCGGCGGACGAGCAAUGCCACCACCGGCUACUUCCCCUCCUACCUCACCGGACCUGGCGGCGUGGGUACGAUGAGUAGGAACGUCCGCUGUCCAGGUCCUGCUCAAGACGGCCUAAACAAGAUGUUCGCCAAACAUCUCCCAGAUGUAGCACCGCCUCGAAAUCAGAACGCACUCUAUCAGCCAGAACUGCCGUUGUAUACAGAUCAUCCCCAAUCGCUCACCUCUGGCAGCCAGACUCCCGCUUACCCGCACUCUUCCUCUGGAAGUAGCAUGAACUUGGAGAACGUGGGUGGCGCAAUCGAGUCAUGGGUUAGAAGGCUCGCGACCAAGACUGCGAGCUCGACAGAUCGACAGCAUGUUGCGAGGGCCUCAGUGGGGACUCCUGGGAAGGGAGCUGGAGGCAUCGGAGAUUUGAUUGAGAUGACUGACGAGUUUGAGAUUGGCGGCGACGAUGAUGACGAGUUGGGUCGAGGAAGGCAGGGGUCUAUACCUGAUGGUGGGAUGUAUGGGACCAGUGGGACGAGCUAUUCUGAUGGUGGUGCGGUUCGAGAGAGGGGCAAGGGGGCGAAGAAGGACUGA